GCGGCGACCCGGUCGGACGAGAGCUGGAGGAGGAGGCUGUGGGAGGUGGUGGCAGCUGCGGCGCGGGCGCCUGAGGAGGAGGAGGAGGAGGAGAAGCGGAUGAGGAGGCCAGAGGGCCCGCCCCAGGCUCACAGGGCUCACAAGUGGCACAGAGCAAGCACACACGCGGGAUCCCAGCGCCGCGCCCCCUGCCCCGUGCUCCCCACCCCCUGCCGCCGCCACCAGAGACAGCAUGGUGCGUGGGGCACCAUGGGGCCCGACAGAGUAACGGCCAGAGAGCUGUGUGAGAACGACGACCUGGCCACCAGCCUCGUCCUGGACCCCUACCUCGGCUUCCGCACCCACAAGAUGAACGUCAGCCCCGUGCCCCCCCUGCGACGACAGCACCACCUGCGCUCAGCUCUGGAGGCCUUCCUGAGGCAGCGGGACCUGGAGGCUGCGUACCGGGCCCUGACGCUGGGAGGCUGGAUGGCCCACUACUUCCAGAGCCGGGGCCCACGGCAGGAGGCUGCCCUCAAGACCCACAUCUAUCGCUACCUCCGCGCCUUCCUGCCUGAAAGUGGCUUCACCAUCUUGCCCUGUACCCGAUAUUCCAUGGAGACAAACGGAGCCAAGAUUGUGUCAACUCGCGCAUGGAAAAAGAACGAGAAGCUGGAGUUGCUGGUGGGCUGCAUCGCCGAGCUGCGGGAGGCCGACGAGGAGCUACUGAGGGCCGGGGAGAAUGACUUCAGCAUCAUGUACUCGACCCGAAAGCGCAGCGCUCAGCUGUGGCUCGGCCCAGCCGCCUUCAUCAACCACGACUGCAAACCCAACUGCAAGUUUGUGCCUGCAGAUGGAAACGCAGCCUGCGUGAAGGUGCUCCGGGACAUCGAGCCGGGGGACGAGGUGACCUGUUUCUACGGCGAGGGCUUCUUCGGCGAGAAGAACGAGCACUGUGAAUGCUACACCUGUGAGAGGAGAGGUGAGGGCGCUUUCCGACUGCGGCCCAGGGAACCCCUGCCGCCCCGGCCGCUGGACAAGUACGAGCUCCGGGAGACCAAGCGGCGGCUGCAGCAAGGUCUGGACAGGCCCCGGUCCUGUGCGCACCCACCCCUGCGGCGCCGGGACCCCUUCUGCGCCGCCUGCCAGCCCCUGCGCCCCCCGCCCUACAGCGCCCGCCUGGACGCCUCGCCCCUCUGGCUCCACUGGCUGCCUCAGCCCCAGCUCCGUGUGCGUCCCCGGAGGCGCCGCCGCCUGCAGCCCCGGCGAGCCCCGCCACCUCCGGUUCUCCGAGCUGCCCGCGUCUCCCUGCACCGGUGGGGAGGCUGCGGCCCCCACUGCUGCCUGCGGGCGGAGGCCCAGGUGGCCCUGGGUCAGGCCCCCCGCGCCCGCUGGGCCCCCCAGCAGGACUGGCAUUGGGCCCGGCGCUACGGGCUGCCUUCUGUGGUCCGUGUGGGUCUGAGCCGCGUGGCGCCAGCCCUGCCUCCCACUGCCAGCCCUGCCCCUGCUAGGACCCCCGGCCCCAUCCCCGUCCCCAAGCAGGCCCUUGCCUUCACCCCCUUCUCCCCACCCAAGCGCCUGCGGCUGGUGGUCAGCCAUGGCUCCAUUGACCUGGAUGUCAACAGUGAUGGGCCGUGACGGGCUGGACAGGGAGGCCUGGGCUGGGAGAGCAGGGUGUCCUUCCUUGGUCCCCUCCUGCCCAGCUUCUCGGGGAGCCACCUCCAGAAGGAGCUCUUGGACCUCUGGGAAGGAGUUGACCUUCGACUCCAGCACAGCUUUGAUCUGGGGGCAGGUUGACUUGGACACCCCCAGGGAUCUGACCCCUGACCUUUUGUGACUGCUGACCCCUGAGCCACCCCCACCCUGGCAGGGAGCCCUGGCCACUGCCGCCCACCCCCCACCCCCCCGACCGCAGCCCCGGCUCCAGGGCUGAAGGAGCUGUUCCCUGCCCACCUCCUUCUCCUGCUCGGGGAGCAAAGCCAUAGGGGCGGGCUGCCCGCAGGCCUGGGGGAGGUGGGGCUGGCUGGGGUGGCCUCCCUAGACACUGCCCUGCAGGGGAGGGGUCAGUUUGCUCUUAGCCUGUGACUGUCUGAGUGGGGGGCGAGGGGGGUUGGCCAGGGGCUUGUCCCCACCACCCCCGUGGGUCUCAGGGAGGCCGGGUGCGACCUCAUCUUUCUCAUGGUGCUAUCCCUGGUGCUACUGGGGUGUGGGGGGUCUCUCCCCUCCCCCACACCAGAAUGGGAUAUGUUGGGGGGUUGGAAGCACUUGAACUUUUUAUUUUAUUUUAUUAAAACGUUGUUAUAAGCAGUG